AUGUCAUUGAUAAAAGUAACAAUUAACAAAGGCGGAGUUGAAAUAGCAAACGAAGAAUAUCAGUAUGCGAGUGUAGUGCAAUUGAUGGACGAAUUGAAGAAGGCUCAAGGAAUGAUUCAGGAGAGGAUGAAGGACUUAAGUAUUAAAAAUUGAGGAUUAUUCAAUAGUAGACACAUAGGGAGCGGAAGGUGUGAAGAAGGUCAAGAAGAACCCAGAGGAAGAAGAGGAGGAUGAUGUUUAAGACAAUGAAUGA